UGUUAGUAGCAGACGGGCUAAUGCGGGCAGCGGCCAUGGCUAUCCGUCCGUUGAUCGGGAGGCAGGCAAGGCGAUGUCUCGAGGUGCGUGUUGGGGGUGGGAUUGCCGGGUUGGCGCACCGCAGUGUGGGAGCAGACAUGUCAUAUCGGCUGUGAGACGAUGCCCUCAUCUCAUUGCUCGCUACUGAGCACGGCGGCGCUUGAAGGCGGCCAGGCCUUGUACCUGGCAGUACUGCUACCUGUGCCUCGUCCGUCUGGGGUGGCUCUACUGGCAACAAGUACAAGUAAUGGAUGUACUGUACUGUGGCCCGGGGGGGUGUGCGGGCAGCGGCGCCGUGCGGCGGCUCUUGAGCUUGAGGGACGGAGACAGACAGACAGCAGAGGCGCGCUGGGUGGAGCAGCAAAGAAAAAGAAAGCUAUCCAAGGGAAUGCAGGGCAGGACAAGGCAGGGUCAGGGGUGCGGGCCUGGAGACAGAUGACAAGGACGUGGAGCGAUUCAGACAUGGACCGGCUUUGCCAUUGGCAGCACCGGUCCAGGAACCUGGUAUCAAGGGCCAGGCAAGGGAGCUGGUCUCUGGCAACGUGACGCAUGAUGCUGG